AUGCCAGACAACCGCGGCAGCAACCCCUCUCUCAGCCUCACGCCCCUCAACCGCGUCAUCUGCCCAGCACUCAAUCUCAUCCCGCCCAGAACCCCGCCGCGCCUCUUCGACUCGGCCGUGCAGCACUUUACCUCGAUCCCCUGGUGCGCCGACCUAUUGCUAAACGCUCCCUCCGCCGCCACCGCCGCCGCCGUCGCCUCCGCCGUCGCCUCCGCCGCCUCCUCCCACCGCCAACCCAACCCCUCGGCCGCCAUCGCCGCCAGCAAAGGCACAGAAAGCCCCGUCAUCCCCUUUAUCCCGCAGUGCUUCAACCCCGCCUCGGACCGCCACGACCAAUUCGUCGGCUCCACGCUCGCAAACGCCCCUCGCGCCCUGCGGCACAUGCUGUGCCUCUUCCGCCCCGACGAUGCCCACCACCUGCGCGACCCGUCCCGCCCCGUCGCCCGCGUCUCCGCCCUCUUCUCCUUUGGCGAUGGCCUGUCCGGCUACGAGGGCCUGCUGCACGGCGGCAUGGCCGCCACCAUGAUGGACGAGACGCUCGGCACCAUCAACGAGCUCAACAAGGCCCUCGCCAAGGCUGACGCCCUGUUCGACGCAUCCAGCGUCACCGCCUCGCUCAACAUUACCUUUCGCCGCCCUAUCCCCGUCCAGGGAGAGGUCUGUGUCACGGCCUGGGUCGAGAGCAUUCAGGGCCGAAAGACAAAUAUGAAGUGUGAGCUGACCGGGCCGGACGGCAAGGUUCUGGCAUCCGCCACGAGCACCUGGGUUGCUCUCAAAUCAAACAUGUAA